UGCACCGCGGCAAACUUCUCUCCGGCCUCCGCCGCUACGAGAUCGCUCCGUAAUGGCGGCCGGUUAGCUCCCCUCAGUAAGCUGCUCCGUCAUCAGCCACAUUCACCUCAUCCCAGUCCUCCUGGGUCGGGGGGGUGGUACCACGGGAUCGAGCCGGACACGCAGCGGGGGUUUUCCUUCUCUUGCGGACACUUUCCUUACAAGCCCGACAUGGACGAGCACCCCGAAGGAGCCACAACCGGAAUUCAGCAGCAGCCGCAGCCGCAGGUCCAGCCGGGGGGGAACGGAGGAGCUCACCCAGGCGUCGGCGGCGGGACGGCUCUGGGACCGCCGCAGACCGACGACUUGCCGCGGCCUCAGCAGCAACAGUACACCAUCGCGGGCAUCCUGCACUACAUCCAGCACGAGUGGGCCCGCUUCGAGAUGGAGCGGGCCCACUGGGAGGUGGAGCGGGCCGAGCUGCAGGCGAGGAUAGCAUUCCUCCAGGGAGAGAGGAAAGGUCAGGAGAACUUGAAGAAUGACCUGGUCAGAAGAAUCAAGAUGUUGGAGUAUGCUCUCAAGCAAGAGAGGGCCAAGUAUCACAAGUUGAAAUAUGGAACAGAGUUGAAUCAAGGCGACUUGAAGAUGCCCAGCUUUGAGUCAGACGCCAAAGACUCAGAAGUGUCGGCGCUCGCCACCAACAGUCAGCUGACGUGGAAACAAGGAAGACAGCUGCUGAGACAGUACCUUCAGGAAGUGGGCUAUACGGACACCAUCUUGGACGUGCGCACGCAGCGUGUGCGCUCGCUGCUGGGCUUGUCGACGCCAGAGCAGAACGGGUCGGUGGAGAAGAAGAACCUGCAGCAGCUUAUCAACGGCAAGGAUGGCAAACGGAGUCCAGGUGACGUUCUGGAGACGUUCAACUUUCUGGAGAACGCCGAGGACAGCGACGAAGACGACGAUGAGGACGGAGAGCUCAUGGAUGACAUUGGCAAUGAUGUCAGACAUCACAGGAAACACAAAAACAAGGCGGGCAAUGAGGGUCUGGCGUCCGAGGAGGACGCCAGCGACACGGAGGAGGCACUGAAGGAGUUUGACUUCCUGGUGACGGCCGAGGACGGCGAAGGCGCCGGCGAGGCACGCAGCUCUGGAGACGGGACGGAGUGGGCUGAACCGCUGCCGUUCGUGCCUGGGGUGGGGAACGACUUCCUAAUGGGAGGGGCCGACCGCGUCUUGGAGAGCGUGCUGGGAUUGGGCGAUCUGGCCGACCUCACCGUCGCCAACGACGAUGUGGAAUUCGGCUACGACCUGGCGUCCAAUCAGGAGUCGUCAUUCCGGAAGACGUGGAACCCCAAGUACACGCUGCGCAGCCACUUUGACGGCGUGCGGGCGCUUGCCUUCCACCCGCUGGAGCCCUGCCUGCUCACCGUGUCUGAGGACCACACGCUCAAGCUGUGGAAUCUCACCAAGACGCUCGCCGCCAAAAAAAGCGCCUCGCUGGACGUGGAGCCGGUCUACACGUUCAGAGCUCAUGCCGGCCCCGUGCUGUCGCUAGCCGUCACGGCCGACGGUGAGCACUGCUUCAGCGGCGGUGUGGACACCACCAUCCGGUGGUGGAACGUUCCCGGCCCAAAUGUGGACCCCUACGACACGUACGACGCUGGCGCGCUGGCAGGGACGUGGGUGGGCCAUGUGGAUGCCGUGUGGGCUUUGGCCUACAGCGGCAUCAAGAACCGCCUCCUGUCCUGCUCGGCCGACGGGACGGUCAAGCUGUGGAACCCUCGUGAGGAGAACCCCUGCAUCAGCACUUUGAAUGCCGCCGCAGAGCACGGCAUCCCCACCUCGGUGAACUUUGACGGCUGUGACCCCGCCCGCGCCGUGGUGUCAUUUGACAGCGGAGACGUGGUGCUCUACGACCUGGAGACGGCUCAGAGUGCGCUAGUGCUGAAGGGCCAGGGCAAAGGAAGCCGUCCUGGCUGCCAUCACAUCUACAGGGCGGUGGGCCAUCCCACACUGGCUGUCACCAUCACGGCACACGAGGACAGAAGCAUCAAGUUUUUCGACAACAAGUCAGGUAAGGUGAUCCACGCCAUGGUGGCCCACCUGGACGCCGUCACCAGCCUGGCGGUGGAUCCAAACGGGAUCUACUUGAUGUCCGGCAGUCACGACUGCUCGCUGCGCUUAUGGAAUCUGGACUCCAAGACGUGCGUGCAGGAGAUCACAGCGCACCGCAAGAAGAGCGACGAGGCCAUUUACGACGUGACCUUUCACCCCUCCAAGGCCUACAUCGCCUCGGCCGGAGCCGACGCCCUCGCCAGGGUUUACGUGUAGGGUCUGCCCUCCCCGCCUGCAGGGAACCCUGCGCACAGACACGUGACGCUGAAUCACCGCCAUGCACGCCGCCUGAAGACCGACACGGGCAGCUGACCAAUGACAUCAUUGGUCCACAUGACACUAAAGCCCCUCUUCCACGUCACCCCAUCGGUUGUUUGUCGUACAAUCCCGACGCUCCUGUCAGCCGGUGGUCCUCGGGCUCGCUUCACCGACAAAGAUGGCAGCGAGGUGAUGCAUUUUCUUCACCAACGCUUCUAGAACACGUCGGUAAAAAACUUAAUUUCAAACGGACGAUCGAUUCUGAUCAGACCAGAUUGAUUCCGAUCGGUCAAGACGGGACUCAGGACUGCAGCUGGCCAACUGGCCGUGUUGUUGCUGACAUCGCGAGCAAUCGUAGGUUUUUUGUUAUGUUUGUGUGAUGACAUAACUAAAAUGAUUGAGCCCAAUUAGUUAGGACAGGACUCGGUCACCGUGCUCAUAUGAUACGCCUCAGCAGCGGUAGCCGGUCAAUCGGAUAUGUCCAUUCAGUCGCCGAUGGCAUGAGUGUUUUUUUUUAUAUUUUAAAAUCAAACAAGGAUCCCUCUUGGCCCGACACCUCUACUUCCAGUUUCUGAAAUAACAAUUCAGAUUGGUCGUGAUCGAAUAUGACGGGACUCAGGGCAGCUGUCAUGUGGAUCCCAGCGAGCCAAUUUGAUGUCGCAAUUCACUGGCCAGUCAGUGUGACAGCCAUAGAAACGUAACGACUGGUCCUGAUUGGACCCGAUUUAUUUUGGAUUUCAGACCUAAGCAGCAGCCGGCCAAUCAGAAAUCUCCAUUCCGUCAGGAAGUUUUGGCGGGCUUUCGAGUCUUUGCUCCUCUACCUCCUGUCCCUGAAUUCUUGAGAUGACGGCAUGAUAACUGCAAUGAGCUCAAAGUCAAGGAAAUGACUGACAAAUCAUCAAUAUUAUUCAUUUUUAUUUUUCAAACAAUUCACCUCCUUGAUUGGUUGAUCACAUAGCAUCUGCUGGGAAGGAGCAGAUCCACGCCACAUCGCUCACUGCUGUCGUUCUCACGUUUUCUCAUAGGCUUCGAUAUCCACAUUAAGGAAGUCGAGACUCCAGGAGAAACCGUCCAACCAGAGGCCUCCUGGAGCCUGCGCUGAAUGGCUCUUUUUAUUUUUUUAACUCAAGUGAUUGAUGGUGUGGUGAGCAGCUGACGUUGAUCACGCGACGUGUUACUUCUUGUCAGUGUCCUGCAUGAUUACAAUAAAAGUAUUUUUUCUAGUCUUCCAA